UAUUGGAACAAGAAUUGGAAGUGAAAGUUCGAGUCCAGGAAGCAAAAUACCACUUAAAGAAUUUGGUUGAAGACCGAAAAACUUUGUCUUUGGAGUUGAGGCACUUGAAAAAUUCAAAUCCACCUACAAAGAAACGUAUAACAACUGAUGGUGAUGGCAGUCCAAAGGAGGUGAACAUUAGUAUCAUAAAGUUAACUGAUGAAAUUAAUGACAGAAAUGUUCAAAUUGCCACUCUUCAAUCAGAAAUCCAAGAGGCAGAAAAUGAGUAUCAAAGAACGGAUUGACCACAAUAAUGACAAGUCUACUGUAAAAGACCUUAAAAAUAAUUAUGUGGAAGCUAUCAAAGAGAAAGACUCAAGUGAAAUGAAAGUGAAAUCAUUACAAAAUCAGCAUGAAUCAAAUCUUGUGGACUUGCAGCAGAAAUAUGAAAGCAAGAUAUCGUUUUUACUAAAACAACUGCAAAAUGGGUCAGAGGAAGAAGAGAGCCCAGUGCCAAAUGGUGUACGCGGAGCACAUAAUACCUUUUUUGUUCCUGACACUCUAGAUGUUUUAGAUAAUGACCCAGACUAUCACCCUGAUAGCUCCAUGGAAUUCGACACACCUUAUAUGAAAGUGACCUAGAAACAAGCAAAACCUUUGAAAAGUUGCAGGUGUUUACUCAGUAAAUGCAAAUCCAAAGUUUGCCCAUGUUUCAAGAAGACAGCGUUCUGUUUGCCUUCAUGUUCUUGUGCUAAUUGUGAAAAUAAGCCGACAUCUGUAUUUGACUCAUCCACCAGCGAUGUGGACAACGAAAAUGAAGACAGACUGAUAGAAUAAGUACUAGAAUCGAUUCAGUCAACUAAAAAUUCUUCAAAGCAGUGCCCCAGCAUGGCCACAGUCUAAUGAUUGAAACAAGUAAAAGAUAAAA